AUGGGAGUUUGUUUGGUACGGGGAAGCCGUGAUCUUACCUGCGGCUUCUUCGAAUCGCUCCCAUUCAAUAGUACAUACUUCAACGUCCAGAGGCCUUACGAUGUUCCUGAAAACCAGCGCUACAGCUUCAUCAAUGGCGUCCACAGGUGUUGGGUUUACUCCACCGACAAGCCUCACAAUCCAACUUCCAACACUUUGCCACGUACCGAGAUUGCCAUCCAUGGCUAUAACUACACAUCCGGAGUGUGGCAAUUCGAAGGCUACGGUUACGUGCCAAAGGGAACAUCUGGAGUGUGCAUUAUGCAGGUGUUUGGGGCAUCCCCACCGCCGCAUGCCUCGACGGCGAUGGUGAGAGUCUACGACGGCAACCUCACUUAUUAUAGAAAGAAUGUUCUCGCGGAGAACAUCUACGACAAAUGGUUUCGAUUGAAUGUGAUCCACGAUGUUGACGCCUCGAGAGUUGAAAUUUACAUCGAUGGUGAGCUCAAGCUACAAGUCGACGGCCGUGGUGGUGUUUCUCAUGCGUUCAAAUGUGGUGUCUAUGCACAAGCCAACGACUCCUACUACAUGGAGUCCCGUUGGAAGGACAUUAAGGUUUUGAGAAAACUUUGA